UUCCUUCCAAAUCUGGAAGGUAGCAGGAGCUUUCCACAUAAUUCUUCAUAGUUAAGAAAAUAGAACCGUGUGUACAAGACAUCACCCAGGAUGUUGAACAAAUUUUCGUCCCUAUAAAUGGAUCAGUAAACCAUUAACUCCUUACUUUCAAUUAAUAAAAAUAGAAACAGAGUCCAACCCACUAAGCGCAACUGCCAAAUCUGUGUGUUUACAUAUCAAAUUCUUGUGAAUCAUGGCAAGUACACCACACGACUCCUCUCAGCUGCAUCAACAACCACUUCUGUCAUCAGAAGAAGAAAGGAAGAAAUGGGGUACUUACAUCAUGGGAGCACCAGCAGCGCCACCGGUUCACCCUGACAACCAAAAAGCAGCUUCAUGGAACGCAGCUGAACACCAGCAAAUCUAUCAGCAGCCAUACCUUGUUUAUUCCCCUGUAGAGAAACCAAGCAAUAAUCCUUUCGAACCUGUUAUCCACGCCUUCACUACCUGGAGCAAGAAGGCAGAGGAUAUCGCCAGGAACAUCUGGCACAAUCUUAAAACGGGACCAUCUGUAUCAGAAGCUGCAUGGGGUAAGGUUAACCUGACAGCCAAAGCAAUUACAGAAGGUGGAUUCGAGUCACUGUUCAAGCAGAUUUUUGAAACUGAUCCUAAUGAGAAGCUGACGAAGACAUUUGCUUGCUACCUUUCAACAUCAACUGGUCCUGUUGCUGGAACCAUUUACCUAUCAACUGCUCGGGUAGCUUUCUCUAGUGACCGUCCUCUUUCUUUUAUCGCUCCUUCAGGACAGGAAACAUGGUCCUACUACAAGGUGAUGAUACCCUUGGCAAAGAUAGGGUCGGUUAACCCAGUGAUCAUGAAAGAAAAUCCACCAGAAAAAUACAUUCAGAUUGCUACCAUUGAUGGUCAUGAAUUUUGGUUCAUGGGCUUUGUUAAUUUUGAGAAAGCAUUACAUCAUCUCUUAGAUUCUCUGUCAAAUUCAACUACAGUUUAAAUAGCUAAAACAGUUUCGUUUUAGGUUGUUUGAUGUAAGAAUAUGGAGGCGAUUCUUGGGUUGAUUUUUCAUUUUUGUAUUUGCUUCUUUCUUUUUCAGAGUUUAUGUAUUUGCUUGUUUAGUCAUUUUUGUACACUUUUCCUUCACUAUUGUAAAGAGAAGAUUUGGGAGAUUAUGUAUGUGAAUUACCAUGUAUAUAUAUAAAAGGUUUAUUCAUGAAAAA